AUGGACAAACAUCCUGACAACCGGAUGCAGCCACCGUCUAUUUGUUUGGUUCUGAACCCGCUCAGUGUGUUUACAGACUGCCGAGAGUGGGAUUCAGUCGGCUAUGCUUUAUAUGAUCAUCACAAUGGCCUGGAUCCAAACCUCUCAGUCCCAAGUAGCACUGCCAGCUCUCUGGGGUCCUCAUGGCUCAGCAGGGUUGUCAACCAACAGCUCGUGGGAAAGGGAGCGUCCCUUGGCUUCCCCGGCUUGCAAGGAGCGGAGGCUAGGCCGUGCGGGCCUUUAAGCCCCGGGGGCACUGCCCGGGAGUUGGGAAGCACGUUCGGGUGCUUUCCCUUUGGAGCGGCUGUGCGGGUGGGCCCAGGAGCUUCAGCGGCGGCGUCUGGAGAUCAGCGGCAUCCCGGCCUCAGCGGCCUCUCCAUCCGGCGGCUCCGGCCGCAGCAGGGUUCCGUGGAGGCGGCCGGUGCAGCGGAAGGUCGGUCUGGUGGCAGUGAACCUGGAGGGGCCGUGGAGCUGGAAGCACAGGCUACCACGGAGUCAGCGGAGGAGCCGCCUGUUGCGGUGGUAGUGGACCAACCGGAAGGGGAUGGUAAGCCGCCUGCACCACACGCUUCUUACACUUGGCCUUGGGGUCCAGUCAGUGUUCCCGGGCCAUCCAGCUGGAUCCCUCCAUCGCAGGGAGCUGGGUCUCAGGUUAACCCGGUAGGGGGCUUGCAGCCCUGGCCUGGUUACAUGUACCAGGGGGCUCAGAGCGGCCCUGUCCCUUGGCAAUUAUGGGGCUCCCAGUCCCCGUCAUUGCAGGUCGGGGCGGGGUCUCCAGCUCCCGGGGUGGCUCAGGCGGGUGUGUCGAGCCAUGCUGUGGGCAACCAUGCUUUUGGGCAGCCACAGUGGAUGUGGCCCCCGGCCGCUGGUAUUCCCUAUUACCCUGCCUUGGGGGUUAUGCCCUACAGGGCCAUGCCGUUCGGAGAUACUGCGUUGCCAUUAGGUGACCACUUGACGCCCGCCACUAGGGACAAGAUUUUGCGGGGCGAAUUCGUGGACGUCUUUACCCUCCUUUUCCGUGAGCUGGAAAAGAAGGAUAAGGAGGACAUGGAUGACCGUGAUAAGGAACGGCUAAAACGGCGGAAAAUUGACCGUACCUGGGCGAAUUGGUUGCCGGGGAUGUUAAUUUAUGCGGGGGUAAUCGCGCGUGCCCAACCUCAGAGGGCUGCCCCUCUGUUCCAAUACAUUGAUAUAGUCUAUCGGGCACAUACGGAGUUCGUCGGGGCUGCUUGGAUGCAGUACGACGAAGAGUUCCGUAUGCGAGCUGCGGUAGAUCCCACGCUACCCUGGGACCGCAUUCACCAGCAGCUUUGGCUGCAGCUUAUGGCACCUGCCAAGCCCAAUCUGGGCGACAGGUCAGACAGCGGGCACUUGGUACAGCGUCUCUCCUCCCCUCCUGGCUCCCGCACCUCUGCGGGGCAGCCGGUUCAGCCCCGGCUGCUUUGCUGGGACUUUGCUUACCAGGGGGUGUGCGCCAGGAGGGGGUGUGGGUUUCGGCACGAGUGCCCCAGGUGCAAAGGCCCCCAUGCCUUCUCAGCUUGUCCUCGCCCCCGUCCGCGAGGAGGUGGUUCUCGGCCCGGUGGCGGACAGUGGAAGCCUUCAGCUGAAAAGGGGUCCAACGCCCAUAAAGCUGAGGGUCCUCCAUAAGUUGUUGCAAGGAUAUCCGGAUAAGGAAUCCGCUCAGUUUUUGUUAGAGGGGUUUAGUUUUGGUUUUAGGAUACCUUUUCAGGGCCCUCGGGCCCCCUUCAUGUCAUCCAACCUGCAUUCGGUGGUUGGCAUGGAGGAGGUGGUUAGGCAGAAAAUUAGGAAGGAAUGUGUUGAGGGGAGAGUGUUGGGCCCUUUCCAUUCCCCUCCAGUCCCCAAUUUGAGGGUCUCCCCAUUGGGAGUAGUACCCAAGAAAGCUGCUGGGGAGUAUCGCUUAAUUCACCACCUGUCCUUUCCCAGAGGUGGGUCUGUUAAUGAUGCCAUCCCCGAGCACUUGUGCUCGGUUCGGUAUACGUCCUUUGACGAGGCGGUGGCUAUGGUGAAGCGCAAUGGUAUUGGGGCGGAAAUGGCGAAAUGCGACAUUAAGUCGGCCUUUCGUCUUUUACCUGUCCAUCCAUUGGAUUUUGAGUUGCUAGGAUUCUCCUUUGAUGGCCAGUUCUACAUGGACAGAGCCCUCCCUAUGGGAUGCUCAGUUUCCUGUUCGGCCUUUGAGAAAUUUAGUACCUUUCUGGAGUGGGCAUUGCGUCACAGGCAGUACUGCCGUGACUCCGCCCACUAUUUGGAUGAUUUUAUUUUUUGUGGACCACAGGGGUCCGGCCAAUGCGAACGGUUGCUGGCUGGCUUCAUAGCUUUGGCGGGGGAGCUGGGUGUUCCCCUAGCUCACGAAAAGACUGAAGGCCCCACCCAGGUUUUGAGUUACCUGGGUAUCGAAAUUGAUACCGUUCAGCAGACUUUCCGUCUCCCAAUGGCAAAGGUGGUUGAGCUUAGAGCACGCUUGGCGGCGCUCAAGGAUAAAAGGAAGGCUUCCUUGCUCGAACUUCAGCAGUUGGUGGGCCACCUAAAUUUUGCCUGCAAGGCGGUGGCGCCAGGGAGCCCUUUCUUGCGGCGGCUUUGUGACGCGAUGGCCGGACUUCGGCUCCCACACCACAGGAUCCGGCUGUCACAUGGGAUCAAGGAUGACCUUAGGGUUUGGGAGGAGUUUCUUACCUCCUUUAAUGGGGUCACCUUUUGGCGAGAUGAUCUGCUUCUUGAAGCGGAGCUGCGUGUGUCCUCAGAUGCCGCUGGAUCAGUGGGAUUUGGGGUUUACUUUCGGGGGCACUGGUGCGCGGAGCCCUGGCCCGCCGCAUGGCAUGACGGCGAUAUUCUCAAGGAUCUGACGUUUCUGGAAUUUUUUCCAAUUCUGGUUGCGGUAUGGCUGUGGGGGGAAGAGCUGGCCAAUCAUGUAGUCCACUUUUGGUGUGACAACAUGGCUGUGGUCCAGGUUAUUAACUCAUUGUCAUCCCGGUCGCCCAGGGUCAUGCGGCUGGUCAGGCCGUUUACGCUCAGGUGCCUUCGUUUGAACGUCUUGUUUCGGGCGAGGCACAUUCCCGGUCUAGACAAUGGGGUGGCGGACGCUCUGUCUCGCCGGCAGAUGGAGAGGUUCCGUCAAUUGGCCCCAGAUGCCGACGCCUUGCCGGUCCGGAUACCCUCGGAGCUGUGGAUUCUUGGAGGGCCGAAGCACGCAGGGCCAUCCGACUAGCCAUCGCUCCUAGCACCAGAAGGUCGUAUGAUCGCGCGGUGCAA